GAAAUAAAUAAAAAUAAAUAUUCAGAAUUCUCGCAUUUCCAUUUAGAAAAAGCCCUCCGGAGCUCCUUCCUCUUCGUUUCCGUUCAGGAACGCCCUGGAAUUUCAUCCUCUCUCUCCAAUUUUCGAUCUGUGCUGUUUUUAAUUUUCUCGGAAUUAUUGGUGAUUAGGGUUUGCAGGCAGUAUUGUAUGGAAAGAUGUCAGGAUCAGAGGCAGGAGUGAUGACGAGUAGGGAGGCCUUCAGCGUCGGGCUUCAGCAGAAGACUCAACCGCUCGUACAGAACAUGCGGUUGGCGUUCAGUACCGACGGCGCUGCCUUCUAUAAUGCAGUAGGCGCCGCAACGUCAGCAACGCCCUCAGUCUCAGCCUCGACCUCGCCCACUUACCAACCCUCCUCCGGCGACGGUGGGUCCGCCCCUGCCGUAACUGCUGUUGGGGCGUUGAUGAAUGUGAACGUGGGGAGCAUGGGCGGUAGUGGUGAACCCGUGAAGAGAAAGAGAGGGAGGCCCAGGAAGUACGGGCCAGAUGGCACCAUGUCAGUGGGUCUGGCCCCUGCGCCUCAGUCUGUCACCGGAACCCAGUCAAGCGGAGGCUUUUCUCCUCCUGCUCUUCCUGCUCCACCUCCUUCUGGAGGGUCAGCCUCGCCCUCUUCGUUCAAGAAAGCUAGGGGCAGACCGCCUGGUUCUAGCAAGAAGCAACAGUUGGAAGCUCUGGGAUCAGCAGGUGUUGGGUUUACUCCCCAUGUUAUCACUGUGAAAACUGGAGAGGAUGUAUCAUCGAAAAUAAUGUCAUUUUCUCAGCAUGGUCCGAGGGCUGUCUGCAUUCUGUCAGCAAAUGGAGCCAUAUCCAAUGUGACGCUCCGCCAACCGGCCACUUCUGGUGGAACUGUAACGUACGAGGGGCGAUUUGAAAUUCUGUCCCUCUCCGGUUCAUUCUUGUUAUCUGAAAAUGGUGGUCACCGGAGCAGAACUGGGGGUUUGAGUGUGUCUUUAUCUGGCCCUGAUGGGCGUGUUUUAGGUGGUGGCGUGGCAGGCCUUCUUACGGCUGCAUCACCUGUUCAGGUAGUUGUGGGGAGUUUUAUUGCAGAUGGUCGGAAGGAAUCAAAGUCGUCAAACCAGAUGGAACCCUUGAAUGCCCCAUCAAAGCUUGCCCCUGGUGGUGGUGGGCCUACUGGGGCUAGCAGCCCACCAUCGCGUGGGACUCUCAGCGAAUCCUCUGGUGGACCUGGUAGUCCUCAUAACCAUAGUACAGGAGCUUGCAAUAACAGUAACACGCAGGGCAUGUCUAACUUGCCAUGGAAGUAAGCAUCCUUUGUAACUCUCGUAUUUCCACUGAUUUGUGUAGUAAGCACUAAGCAUGGACCCUAAUGUUGUGUUUAAUUUACUUUUAGGCCUUUAGACCCCAGGCCUUGUGUAGUAAGUUUGGUAGAAUAAGGACUGUAGAAUGGUUUCUAGCAUGGCAUCGUUGGCUUUUGCCAGUGCCAUCCAGUUAGUGACAGGUGCCCUUUGCACUUUGAGGUUGUAAGUUAGAAAUUAGAGGGAAGCUCCUUCUGCUUUUAGGAAUUUCUAGGUUAAUGUAGUUGUUUGUUGGCCGUAAGUUGUAAUUGACUUUCCAGGUGUUUCGUUAUUAUGGUUAUAAAAUUGUACCCAUUUUCUCGAUC